ACUCACCCACUCGCUUACUACGCACUGUUCCCCAAAGCCAGGGAGCGCUCCAAAAGUUUAACUGCUGCCACUCCACCUCUGUCUGAGCAGCAACCACUAAGUCUAUAAUAUCUACCUGCAAUUAGCAAAACCGUAGCUGCCCCUAUCAUCUUCCGCCCCACCACCUGACCAGGUCGGCGACAAACAAAACCCUGCGACAAACAAAACCCUAGUCCAGCUUUAUCCCCUUCUUCCUCGGCCUAGUGUUCCAGUUCUCUCUCUCUCUCAGUCUCUCGCUCGCUAGCAGAGUUCCAUGUCUCAACUCGGUCAGGCGAAGCUGAAGGGCUUCAAGGCGGAGCCGUCCGUUCAAAAUGAUCCUCAGCCGUCUAUGGAGGAGCAAACCGUCGUCGAAGUUCAUGUGCAGCCCGUAAUGGCGGAUCCAACCGCUGGCCAGAAGGAUCCGCAGCCAGUCAUGGAGGAGCCGCCCGUUUCUGGGACGGAUCCCCAGCCGUCCGCGGCGGAGCCAUCCGAUAAGGCAGCCCCGCAAGCUCAGACGGAGACGCGCUCGGGCCCAGGCCCCUCCACUCAGCGUCUUCCGGAACAGAUGAUGCAUAAGAAUCGGUUACAAGAGUACACUCAAAGAUCGUCCAUUCCACUUCCAAUAUAUCACACAGUCAAUGAAGGAUUUCAGCAUGCUCCAAGGUUUAGGUCAACGGUGUUGGUGGAUGGAGCAUCAUAUACAUCUCCUAAUUCAUUUUCUCAUCGGAAAGCGGCAGAACAAGAUGUUGCCAAACUUGCACUGGAGUGUAUAUCCCAAAAAAUAAAGGAUGAAGGAUGUCCACUUAUUCGUGAGGAUACAAUUUUUUGCAAGUCUAUCCUGAAUGAAUAUGCAGUCAAGAUGAAUUUGGAAAAGCCUAUAUAUAAUACUGUUCAAUCAGAAGGGCUGCUUCCAAUAUUUGAGUCAUCUUUGGUUUUUAGUGGCACUAGAUACACUGGUGAUGCUGGUAGAAAUAAGAAAGAGGCUGAACAAUUGGCUGCACGUGCUGUUAUCCUAUCAAUGCUGGGUAAUACUGGAUCUGGAACUCUUCUUUCUGAGAUCAUUAAGUCUAAAAUGAAACUUUAUGUUGCACUGCACAGAGUUAAGGAUGCUCGCCAAAUGCAGAAUACCAGUGUGCCUGGGGAAGGACACAUUGGAAUUACUCCUGGAAUCUCUUCUGAUAAAGGAAAAGAGAUUGAAGUUGUUGGGGGUUCAGAAAAUUUACCAGUAACUGCAAUUGCAGGGUCAUCCCCGGGAGAACUUGCUAACAUUCCAGUUACGCAUCAGCCUGCUCAUGAAUUCAAGAAACCAAAGGCAGAGCCAAUGCCUGGGACAAUUACUACUCCAAUUAUGUUUGUGCCUCCAGUUUUUGAGCAGUCUCCAGUUAUUUGUUCAACUUCGGGGAAAAAGCGAAAUCGAAAGAACAAGAAGAAGGCUGAUAAGAAAAGACGAAUUGGUUCUCAGUUGCCUGUUGCUUCCGUGUUGCCUUUGAAUCAAGCAUCUCCUUGUUCGGUGGCUCAGUAGUCCUCAUCUAUUGGCGCCGUUCAGUGGUACAGGUCUUUCUUGUGUACCUAUGUGUUAGGGUGUGGCUUAAACUUUCCUCGUCUUGUGUUGCCGGAGCAAGAACCCUUUCUUGUAUGUUGUGUUAUUGCUCGCAUCAUCUGUUGUAAAACUUUGUAUGGUUUGACUCCCAACAUUUUCUCCCUUAGCUUAACGUAUAGGCUGCCACUGGUUGCAAGAUAA